CCGCCACAACGAUACCCCAACGGUAGGUUGGGUUUCUUAGUCGGGAUACCUUACCCUGCUUCCUGCGGCUACAUAUGUACAACAACUGACUUCGACAGGCUCUCGCCACGCUAUUCUAUCUCGGAGCCACUCCUGAUCAACUCCAGGACGCUUACGAUUCGGAGACAGCGGGCCUCAGGCCUUGGAACCCAGCACCGGGGAGCAUAACAGAUGAGGAAGGCAAGACGCGGUUCCUCGGCGAUGUCCGCUUUCAGCGAUCGUACAUGACAUUCUUUAGCAUGGAAAACGGCAGGUUUGGCGGAAACGUCAAAACUCUCACCCUCAAUCACAUGUUUUCCGGGAGUCGGCCUUUGAUCUAUGGUCUAUUCUCAGGCCUCGGCCGGCCGUUGGUGUUCCUAAGCGACGGCAUUGAGCUGCGAAGCGCUCUCUUGGUUGUGCAGUCUCUUGUUUUGUCUGCCGUAGAUUGGACGGAGCCCAUUUACGGGCUCCUAACACAUCCGCUACUCACGACGCCGACUGACGAGUUAUUGUCUCCCGAGGAUAUCCUGGGCCGAGUCGCCUAUGAUGGAAGAUUCAGCGGGGUUAUGAGGUCUGGCCCAGGAUUUCACGGUGUUGGCCAAAUCUUCUCGAGCCAGAACGUCAAGCACGCGAUCCUGGAAUAUGUCCAUCGACUCGAUUGCCGCAACGAAAAGCUUCUCGUAGAGCAACUCUCAGCUCUGUCAGCGCUUCUGCUCUGCGCGACGCACAAACCUGGCGUGCCUGCGUUCGACUUUUAUCUCGCUCAUCUCCCAACAUGGGUAAACAGCAUCCGGGUCAUUCUUCAAGCUCCAAACUACGACAACGAAAACGAUAGACUAAUCCUUAUUCGCGGGGUCUGGCUCCUUAUUCUACUCACCUAUAUUACUCAACUGAGACCCGUCAUCAAUUCGGGCCUCCUUCUCUCUGUAGAAAUGCCUCAGGAAGACGGCGACUGGGAAUCCAUGUUCGCCGACUUUCGCCGCCAAUGCUUCUCUCAGGAAGCCCGCACAAAUAGGCACCUUUUGAGGGCUCUUAGGAGCCUGUGGGAACUGGGGAAAGCUUCUGGCAUUGGGGGGAAGCUGCAUAUCCAAGCUGCUUGGAAGUUGGUAUCGGAAUGGGAGAGAUGGAUUGGAAUGGGCGACGACAGAGAGGUUACGCUCAACAUCAGGCUUUGAUUGAUCCCUUUUCCAACAUGAUCUGAUACCUAUCUAAUUACCUGCCUACUAGAAUGGGUCCUGCUGGGCAGGACGAGGUUGUCACAAAAGCCUCUACCCCUGUUUUGGAAUGCUGUCACUUCACUUCACAAACACCCUAAACACACACACAUAUAUAGAGAGAGAGAGAUAACAAUGCAGAGCAUCGUAUAGAAUUUCUCGGUUAGCAGCCAAUUGAGUCGCGACUGUGCAGGCGCUCCCAUGGGCCUGUGAACCAUUUCGCAAGCAUAGGAGGCCUGUCGUUCUUGACAAUGUUGUCUAUGGUUUCUCUGGACUAGAUUGGCUGAUGUAAGCCAUCGGCAACCAUGAGGCACAUG